AUGUUGCGCUCUACCCACAGAACCCCCCCAACUGUAACAGACUAUGAAAACUUGGGCUUACAUUCAGGCGCGGCUGCUGGCAAUCUCGGCCUAGUAAAAUUUGCUCUCGAUCACGGCCAACCAAUCGAUUCAGUUCUCAACGGCGUUCUUCCGAUACACGCUGCCUGCGUCAAUGGUAACGUCAAAGUAUUACAAUAUCUCAUCGAACAAGGGGCAAACGUAAACGCACCCCGUCAUCCUCGUCGUUCUAAUGGCGAAAAAAGCCGUGCUUCUGGCCAUCCCAUCGGCACCACUGGAUCCACUCCGCUCCACUUUGCCGCUGCCAAGGGCUGCCUCGAAAUCGUCGAGUUACUACUAAAACAUGGAGCUAUCGUCGAUGUAACCGAUAAAUACGGAUCAACGCCAAUAUCUGUAGCAUUAUCAAAGAAUCAUCUUGCCAUCGUAGAGAUACUGAAAGCAUAUAGCAUUAGACAGCAGGACGAAAAGGCACGACAAAGCGGAUUAGAGGGCGGGAAAUCAAAGCGACCAAAAGAAAAAUCAGCAAAACUUGUAAAAAAACUCAGACCCAUUCUAUAUGUAAGAGAACCUACAUCACCGACCUAUAUAUCAUUUCCCCGUCGACCAAGCCUGCCUGUACAGCUCGACCACCACCACAGAUUAACCAUUGGUCAGUCGAUACUCGAACGACAAUCAAUUCAUUCGUUCGAAACCAUCUCGCAACAAGAUAAUCUGUCUCGUGAAGAUCUAUCCAUUCGAGAAGACGACGACACAACUGUCGAUUAUUCCGACAAGCCAUCGAUAGAUAUGUCUAUCAAUUCGCUCGAUGACACUCGAGAAAACAGAAGACGCUCACCGACUCGAGAACUCUUCCGUCGCAGCUUUAACAUCAGUCGUCAAUUCAAAUCACCGUCUCUCACAUCUAUAACAUCCAAAGCAAGUUGGACACAAGAUCACCAAUCUAACCAUCGCCUAUCCAACUCUCUUCCCACACCAUAUUCCAACGUCUCAUCCAGCGAUUUGCCCAUGACUCCCCCUGAAUCGCCUGUCAGACUGUCCAUCGUCGCUGCCGAACAGCACGACGCUAUGGAUAUCAUAUCCGAGUCGGACAUACUCCCACCGUCUGCCUUUGUUCGGGAGGGUGAUGUAUCCGAUAGUAACGAACAAACGUCAUGGUGGGAACAGGGGGAGAAACCCGUUUUCGGAAGCAAGAGCACGCUAUCCGGAUCAUAUUCGACAAAAACCAAGGGACACACUCGAUCGAGUAGCAGUGGUUACUUUUGGACCAAGAAGGAAAACGAUGGAGAGCGUAAGAGUGUGCUCGGUAAACUGACUGAAUUUGUGCGGGGAGGAAAAACCUAG